UCGGUCGUACGGGAGCCCCGGUUCUACGUCUGAGGUUCGGACUCGGCUACGAAGAUCCCCCCGAGCGAUCUAACCGAUCGUAAUGCGAAGUCGAUCGUGCUCGGGGGGGAGAGGAGAGAGAGGAGUGUAUCCGGUGAACUUUUUCGACGAGAGGUUUCCGUCUACGGAAACGACAGAUUCCUUUUCGAGACGAUCCACGGCGCUCUCGGAGCGGCACGGAUGAUCGAAAUUCUCUCGAUUUUCGCCAGGCGAUAACGAUCGGUAUAAGUACCACGUGCAACGCGUUGUCACCUAACAGGGCGAUCAAGAGAUAACCUAUACAGUUCUAAAGAGGGAAAAAUAAUUUGUCUUAGCGCGAUGCUAGCGCUAAUGCUAAUUAAUCGCGUUACAAUGUCACUUUCAUCGGGAGACUUAAAUCGGGAGGAGGCGCGAGUAGGACCGGUAUCGACGGCAUCGGUAAGCACGAUACUGCAUAUAGCGUUGAGGCAGGCGAUGCAUCAGAAGGCCAACAACAGCAGCAACGCUCACGGGGAUGCGAGUAACGCCGCCUCGCCGGAAUAUAACGGCUCCUCGUCAACCAGCAAGAGCGGCCGGUUCGACGCGGAUCUGCACGGCAAUGUUAACAUCCUUCUUGGCGGCGCCAUGCUCAGCGGUGUGAUCAUGAUGGUCGCGUUCAUAUGCUACUGCUGUCACAAAAACGUCCGGAAGCAUCGAACGCUGCAGGAGUACUCGCAGGAGUACUGGAGGGCUGAGCCGGACAUUCACAGUCUGGAAGUCUUCACCAUGGACACGCAUUGCAUCGAGAGAUCGGCAACGUCUCAGGAAGAGGGAGUGCCCACCUUUCUUCCGCCGGUCACGUGUACCAUGACCUCGGGCCCGCCGCCGGCAUACGAGAGCCUCAUCUUCGACCCCCGGGCACUGCCCUCGCUCACCGACAAGAAGGACGAGUCCGACGAUCCCGGCAGCAUUAUCUCGCCCCCGAUAAGCAGCUUGCCCACCGAGUCGGAGGCCAACAGGAUCAACAAGCGGGAAGAUAUCCCGUGGGACGAUCAGGGCUUACCUUCGUACGAGGCCGCCCUAAAAUUAGAAGCUGACGGCUACGUUUAAGGGAAGCGGGAUAAGGGAACCGCCGGAACCACUUCGAUCGCGGACCUCCAAUCGUGAAAAUUUCCUGCAGGGCUCUCACAGAUAUAAAACGCCGAGUCAUGGAUAUCGAGGCGAAAUUCCAUAAUCGACAAAGGUCGACUUGAGUCGGCUGUGGACGAUGGCUGUCGCCAGCUGAAAUUAAGUCUCGCGAAAGCGUCUGUGAAAGAACGGCGCGUGGAGCUGAGAUUGAUUUUUAAUCGAGAAAAUGGAAAAAGAGAAAGGAGAGAUAGAUGGCUGAACUAAUUUUUAACGGUAGAUUUGCGAGCCAAGGACCAAAGGUGAAAGAAAUUUCGAGCGCAAUUUUUGCGGAAAAUGCUGCGGAACUAUUUCACUCUGCGCUUGAAUUAAGAUGCAUAAAAAGUACGGGAUAAUUUUAAUCAGAAAAGAUGAAAAGAGAGAGAGGAACAAGAAACUUUAAACGGGAUUUGUUUUUGGAGUUAAUGAAAGACAGGAAAAGGACACUGUGUGCGUUAUAUCAAAAAAAUAUUCUAAAAAUUUUGGAAUGUAAUAUUCCGCUUGCCUUGUUGAAAGAUUCCAAGUAAUUCUUAACGGUAGAAUGACAGAGUGAAAAACCACAAAAGUUUAAAGUGCCUGAACAUACAUUCUUUUUCGAAACGUGUGUAAACGAUAGAUAAGAUGAAAGGAAAGCGAUAAAGCAAUUUUUCGAAAGUGCGUACUCUGUUUUUCUUUCUAUCGUGUCUAAGCGAGACGACACGUUAAAAUCAUUGGGAGCGACUUUUCAUCGACACGACGUAAUAAGAACAUUUUUCGGAAGAUGCAAUACCUCGAUUUUUCUAUAUUUUUCGAUGAUCGCUAUGAUUAAAUGCGUCGAUAAUAUUUGAAAUAUAGGAGAUAUCACGAAUAGAAAUAUGUAGAUAUAAAUAUAUAUAU